GCGUUUCCGGGAGGGACUCUAAGACAGCCGGUCCCAAGCGCCUGACCGGAAGUGCACCCUCGUAUCGUUUCCCCGGUUUCAAAUUGAUGCCGGCUUCGACAUGCUGGUCUCUCGGCUGACGGGUCCCCUCGUGAGGGCAUCGCGCUGUGCAGGGUGCUUUCCUUUGAGACCAUCUGUUGUCCUGCCACCUCCUAGAGCAACCGUUCUGGCAAGUUACAGCACACAUCCAUCGAGCAAAAAUGGAACCAGGCCCAACCAGUGGUUUACCUUUGACCCUGAACUGGAAGAAAUGUUGGUCCCUCGGAAGAUGUCCAUCUCACCUCUUGAAAGCUGGCUGACGGUUCAGUAUUUCCUCCCUAAAAAUGGAGGCAUCAUAAACGUUCAUGAGAGGAACACUCCCCGACCACUCCAACAGUACGAUCUCCCUGCUCCUUCUAGGGGCACUGAGGCAGAGGAAGAAGAGGAGGCAGAGCAAAGCGGGGAGAUGAACCGGCCCAGAAUAGAAUGCAGAAACAUUUUGAAGAUCCGGAGGAGGAAGAUGAAUAGGCACAAGUACAAGAAGCUGAUGAAACGUACGAAAUUUUUGCGGAGAAAAGUCAUGGAAAAGCGGAUGUGGCGGAAACAGAAAAAAUUUGAAAAUGAACUGAAAAGGAUGUGGAAAAAAGCCGGCUUGAAAAACCCUCCAGAGGGUUGGGUAACUCCGAAGAUUUAUCUCAGAAAUGUGAAAUCUUGAUGCUGCUUUGAGUAGACAUGUCUUUAAUUAAAAACAUUAUUUAAAAGGCAAA